GCGAUGGGAAGGGCUAACAUCUGGUCUAUUUACAUUCAUCUACCCAUGACAUGCGUAGACGCAGUGUAAGUAUGCUGAUCAUCUAGAACGUCUGUCGCGAAUUCGCUGUGUUAGACCCUCCCCGGCCCGCAUAUAUCUUGUCACUCUGGACCAUUGCGCCUCGAUCAGUCGACUUGUACUGCGGGUCUUCGUCGAUGACUUCCAAGCCGCCACUGCACAUUCUCGUUGCUCACCACACAUGUGUUGCUGGACAACCCGUUCAAGGCACGGUCGCGUUGGACUUUCGCUCGGUACGAGACGACCCACUACUUGAAGUGCGAGUGGAACUGAGGGGACUCAUGCGCAUCCGCGGGAAGGAAGAUGUUCUUCUCGUCUAUGAAAGCAAGUCCCUCUGGAAACGAGGGGAACGUUACCCUCCGGCCGGAACCCACUUCCUGAGAAUACCCUUCAGCUUGGAGUUGCCCGCCGACGUCCCUCCCUCGUGCUCUGUCUCAACUAGCAGCAUGACUGUACGAGUCGACUAUAAGGUCGAAGCUAUCGGUGUUCGAGCUGGUAUGCUCCGGCUGAACGAGAAGGUAGAGUGUGCGUUGAAGGUCGUCACGCCCGAUGCCGUGGGUGCGCCAAUCCGAAUACGACUGAAGGGCGGCUGGCAAGGGCCAUGGGCGACGAAGACAGCCCGGCAACGUAUCCGCAAGGGGCUCUGGGGUCCCCAUGCGGAUGUUCAGUUGGAAUUCACGUACCCUGCCACCCCGGUACUGCCACUAUCUGCUCCCAUUCCCUUUGCACUUUCAAUCGUUACCGUCAGCAGACCCCUCCUCCGGACCUACGACAAACGAAUCUGGCCUAGCCCGCCCCUCCAGCCGCGCGAAGUCAAAUUGUUUCUAAGGCAGAGAGUCCACGUCAGAUCUCGAACAUUUGACAAGACGUACACACUGCCACUAUCGCCACUAUGGGGCUCUGUCGACAUCGAGCGCUUUCAGGAUGAGUGGUUUCCUAUAGACGACUUGGGAAUCAAGGGGCGGUGGAAACAACAGACGGUCUUCACCUCUGUGUUCCGACUCCGGUGUCCGCCUACAUUCAAAUUCGCGCGCCUUGGUCAUGAAGUUGAGAUUCAGUAUUUCUUAUACGUCCGGGUCAAGUUCGGUCGUUUCCACAGAUUGAGCACGACCAUUCCUAUCAGCAUUGCAUCUGGUAUAAGCAUCUAACACCUUGUUGUUCCACAUGCUAUCUAUUCACAGCCUUGAAUAUCACCCAUCAUACCGUCUAUUUUUAUUGGCAUCCGCGUCGUAACUUAUGCUGCAAGGUACUGACCACGAUGUUGUCUUUAUCCUCACCGGUACUGACGA